GCUCCCUGAGAGAGAGAAGGGGGAGAGAGGAACGAGGCUGGAUUCUCAGACUGCAAUAGUGCAGCAUGACGGAUACAGUGAUGAGCGGCAGCUCGGAUCGCUGGAUGUCCAACGACAGGCAGAGGAACAUGCACUCUAGUGAAAAAGAGCAGGGCAACUGGACCAUGCAGCCAGGCCCUGGUCCUGGUCCAGACCUGACAGAUGAAGAGAAAGAGAUUAUAAACAGUGUGAUUGCCCGUGCUGAGAAAAUGGAGGCCAUGGAGCAGGAGAGAAUUGGGCGCUUGAUAAACCGCCUGGACGACAUGAAGAAGACUGUGUGUGGGGAUGGAGUGUCCCGCUGUUUGCUGUGUGGCGAGCAGCUGGGCUCACCUGGCGUCAGCUCAGUGGUGUGUGAGGACUGCAAAAAGAACAUGUGUACCAAGUGUGGUACACAGUGUAGCAGUCGGCCACGCGCUGUGUGGCUUUGCAAGAUCUGCAGAGAACAGCGAGAGGUGUGGAAGAGGUCUGGUGCCUGGUUCUUCAAAGGUUUUCCUAAGCAUUUCCUGCCAUCACCCAUGCCAUUAUCUAAACCGAGAGAGGCAGGUGCCCAGGAGGUGGCAGAGCCCCAUGGGCCACAAACCUCUGAGCCCAGGGAGGCAGUAACCCAACCACGACCUACAGGUCAGGGUCAGAGUCAGGUCCCUGCCUUUGAGCAGCAAGAUUCAGGAGCAGAGCCACACGGCCGUGCUGGUUACCCGCCUGUGGCCCCUAAAUCAUCAAUUGUGCGCAUGGCUAUGGGCGGGGCUGGCCCUCAAGAGGCAGGGCAGGGCAGCCCAGUGGUGAUGAAGAAGAUGGUACCCGUCCAGAGCUCCAGACCACACCCUGCCGCGUUGGCCACCAUGGCCCAGCAGGGCCCAGUGGCAGGAGAUGGAGGUGCUUACUCUUCUGGUGCAGUUCCUCCAGAGCAGAGAGCGCCUCCUGCAGUAAGAGAGGACAGGAGGCAGCCCACUGCGUACGGUGCAGUUCCCGUCCGACAGCAGCCUCCCCCAGCUGAGGAGGAGGAGGAGGCCAAUGACUAUGACUCUGAUGAAGCCACCACUCUGGGCUCUCUAGAGUUUAGUCUGCACUAUGAACAGGAAAUCAACAGCCUCCACUGUAGCAUCCUCAAAGCAAAGGGACUGAAGCCCAUGGACUCAAAUGGACUGGCAGAUCCUUAUGUCAAGAUUCAUCUGCUGCCAGGGGCUAGUAAGUCUAACAAGCUGCGCACAAAGACCUUGAGAAACACCCGCAACCCUGUGUGGAACGAGACGCUCACCUACCACGGUCUGACGGAUGAGGACAUGCAGCGUAAGACCCUCAGGCUUUCUGUCUGCGAUGAAGACAAGUUUGGGCAUAAUGAGUUUAUUGGAGAAACCCGAGUGGCGCUGAAGAAACUGAAGAUGAACCAGAAGAAAAACUUUAACGUGUGUCUCGAGAGAGUUGUCCCUACGAAGAGAACUGCAACAGCUGGGGCGGCCAGAGGCAUCGCUCUCUACGAAGAUGAGCCAGGGAAAGAGGGCGGAGAGGUAGAAGAGCGUGGUCGGAUUCUGAUCUCCCUCAUGUACAGCUCCCAGCAGAACCGUCUCAUUGUGGGUGUUGUGCGCUGCGUUCACCUGGCUGCCAUGGAUGCUAAUGGCUACUCUGACCCAUAUGUCAAAAUAUGUCUGAAACCGGAUAUGGGGAAGAAGGGCAAGUGCAAAACACAAAUCAAAAAGAGGACUUUAAACCCAGAGUUUAAUGAGGAAUUCAGCUAUGAUAUCAAACACAGCGAACUUGCUAAGAAGACUUUAGAUAUCUCCGUGUGGGAUUAUGAUAUCGGGAAGUCCAACGACUACAUCGGUGGGUGUCAGCUGGGUAUCACUGCCAAAGGAGAGAGGCUGAAGCACUGGUAUGAGUGUCUGAAGAACAAGGACAAGAAGAUUGAGCGCUGGCAUACUUUGUUGAAUGAGAAUCACGUCGCUAGUGAUUAA